AUGGCACAAGACAGAGGAUUGCCACACUCUAAGGUUAGAAGUGGUAACUCUUCUACAGCAAGGACACCUCAAAGGGUUACUCAGCGACAAAGGCAGGAACACCUUAGCAGAGGGGCGAGAAUGCCCAGGCCGCUGUCGUCUCCCGCUUGUACCAUAAACAUGAUUAUCGGAGGCAGUGAUGAAACCUCCAUGUACAGCAUCAAGUUCACUUCCACUCAGAAACUAAAGAGAUCGAUCACCCAUGAACGGUCUGACGGCCUCAAAGAAAGUAUCAUUUUCGAUAAGUCGGAUGCCGAUGGUUUGACUUUCCCUCACAAUGAUGCACUUGUUAUUACUUUAUGCAUUCUUGAUACUGAUGUUAGGAGGAUUAUGUUUGAUGAAUUAAGCGGAGCAAAUUAUCCAUCCUCAAGUCCUUGUACAGUCGCAUAUGUACGAGAACUCGAUGAUAAGAUUGCGUCGUGCUGCAUCACGCUAGCCGGUUUUAACGAUAUAGUUGAAUGGACUUCGGGAGAGAUCACACUCCCCGUUCUUGCCAUUGAGGUGAUGCUGGAGACCGCAUUCCACAUCAUGGACUAA